AUCUGAUCGAUAUCAUCCAGCAUAUCUCUUGUAUCGUGGGACUUCACUGAAAUCCGUGCCUUGAGAUUUGUGAACUACUAUCAUGUCUUCAUCAGAUGUCUAUCGCGACCCCCAUCAACCUUGUUCUUCUCUCCCUCUUCGUCGUCACCGAGCCCCCUCCCGUCGUCUUCCGCGUCUUCACCCCGACCACUCUGCUCGAGUUCAACGGCCAGGAUGAUAAGCCCGUGUAUCUGGCUGUGCGUGGGCGCGUGUUUGACGUGACUCCUGGUCGGAACUUUUAUGGACCGGGUGGCCCAUACGAGAACUUCGCCGGCCGGGACGCCUCGCGCGGUCUCGCCCACCAGAGCUUCGACCUGGAGAUGCUCACCGAGGACCUGAAGGGACCUCUCGACGACCUCAAGGACCUCGACGCCGAUCAGCUGGAGAACCUUCAGGGGUGGGAGGAGCGCUUCUUGGAGAAGUAUCUUGUUGUGGGGAAGUUGGUUGCUGAGGGGGAUGCGGAGGCGCCGAAGUCGUGAGGCUUUCCCUUUGUUUAUGGAUGAUGUGGUGUAUGGAUGGAUGGGGUUGUGAUGGUUGAAUGUUGCAGUGUGAUGGGUAGGUACCUAGGAAGGGUAGUGUUUUGUGGAUGGCUGCUCGCAGACGGAUAGUUGGACCGUUAGGUUGUGUAUGGGGUGGAUGAAGGAUGAGGUGUGAGCUAUUCCUGAGAUGUGAUUUAUGAAGGCCUUGUAUUUGGCUUUAUCUUUUUCUUUGCCUUGUCUUGUUUCCUGCUGGGCUACUUGAGGGUUUUCAGACCUACUGGGUCGUUGUUUCAUGUGCCAUUGCACAUACGGGGUAAAUACAUCGCAUUUGACAUAUUGAGAGGAUGACAUACACUGGACAUCUACCCACAAGCAAAUAACACA